AUGCCAGCAGCUGUGAGGCUGAAGCCGGGCAGCUUGAAAGACCCCGAGGUUGCCCAAUUAUUCUCCACCAAAGAUCCCGAACAAAGAUAUUGUGAUCUACGCGAAGUUGGAAGUGGCUCGUUCGGAAGUGUUUACUAUGUAAGUUUUUUAUUUUGUUUUUUGAUUUUAGAAUGUUGGCUAAGUUCUCAAUACAAUUUGGAUGAUGCAUCUUGAAGGAAUUGUCGAUUUUUAUUUCUGAAGGCAUAAGUAGUACAAUUUUAGAUGAAUGUUAUGAUUGCCGUACUGUUUUUUAAGUAGAGCUGUUAAAUUUAUUAUGUUUAGAGCCUUAAAAAUCUGGGAAGUGCGUUUUUAGGUAGCUUUAACUUAUAGUUUUAUAAGGGGAGAGAAAUUCAAAUGUUGAGAUUUCUAGCAAUAAAGUCAUGGAUAACAUAAUUGUUGUAUCUUAAAAAAUUUUAAAUUUUGGAGGUAUAGCUUUUAUAGCUUAAAGUUUUGGCUAAACUUUAAGGUUCUUUAUGAAUAGUUUUAGGUAAAGGAUGAAGAAUAUUUUGAGCUUUCAGCCUCUGAGGCCAUGGAUAACAAAAUUAUUGCUGAAAUUUGAGGUUAUCAUGGCAAUUUAGACUUUCUGUUGUUACUUUUGUUUUUAUAAGCCUUAUUCUUUUAUUUUAUAUGCCUUAGAAUGCUCAACUAUACUCUUUUCAGGCCCAAGACAAGGAGAACAAUGAAACAGUGGCAAUUAAGAAGAUGAAUUUCAACGGCAAGGACGCUCAAGAAAAAUGGUUAGAUAUCAUAAAAGAGGUCCGCUUUCUACGUUCAAUACGACACAAAAACAUAGUCGAAUACCGUGCCUGCUUUAUAAAAGAGUACACUUGUUGGAUGGUGAUGGAAUAUUGUAUUGGCUCAGCCUCCGACAUUAUUGGUGUCUUCAAAGACCAACUGGUCGAAGAUGCGAUCGCUGAGAUUUGUGAACAAACAUUGGAAGCCUUGCAGUAUAUUCACGGCUUCAAAUACAUUCAUCGUGAUGUAAAAGCCGGGAAUAUAUUGAUUACGGAUGAUGGCGUGGUAAAAUUGGGAGAUGUUGGAUCGGCUUCGAUGCAUUCGCCAGCUAACUCAUUUGUUGGGUCUCCUUAUUGGUAUGUUAAGGUUUUUUGAUUAGUGCUUUCGUUUUUAGGUAACAAAGAUGAUGGUUUUGAGUUAUUCACAGAAAUAUUGAUCAAUUAUUUUAUUUUAUACAUAAAGCUGUUACUUUUUGGUUCAGAGCCUGAAAAAGUAGUUUAGAUAGUACAAAUUUUAAUUUUUUGUUACAGGAUGGCACCAGAAGUGAUAUUAGCGAUGGAGGAAGGCGAAUAUGGGACUCAGGCUGAUUUGUGGUCAUUUGGUAUUACAGUUAUUGAACUGGGUAAGCUUUUUUAAAAAUAUUUUUGGUUUUUAGGUAGCAGACUGCGAUUUUUAUCGUGAAAAUGACAUAAACUUUCUUAAAAACGAUUGAAAUCGCAGGAACUUUCUUUCGAAAAAAUAAGAUCGCAAGAACUUUUUUACGAAACAAAAAAUGGCAAGAUCUUUUGUUACGAUACUCAAAAUUGCAACAACAUUCUUUACAACCUCUAGAAUAAAACGUAUUUUCAGCUGAUAGAAGACCACCAUUGUACGAUUUGAAUACGAUGUCAGCAUUGUACCACAUUGCCCAAAACGACCCACCAACGUUGUCUGGUACACAUCCAGUGUACAAGGAGGUGUUAAGAUCAUUGGAAAUGAUAGAUUUUGUUCAAAAAUGUCUCAAAAAGGAGCCCAAUGACAGAAUGACUGCUGCACAGUGCAAAGAGGUAGGGUGUUUAACUUAAGUUUUGUUUUUUUUUGUGGUUUGGAAAAAACUUUUUUUACAGUAUUUGAAAACUAGGAAAAGGCUUGUCUACAAGUUGUAUAUUAUUAAAAUGUCAAGGUAGAUUUUGAUGAUAAAGUUCAAUUUGGCACUAUUUUCAGCAUUCCUUUAUCAAAAGGCCGCGAAACAAGAGGAUAAUGUCGAAACUGGUCAGACACACAAAGAAACGGGUACUCAAGCUGGACAGUGAUAUGUACACGAAAAUGAAAAAGAUUUUUUAUUUGGAAGGAGCCAAUUCUGGAGGUAAGAGACAGAUUUUUAAUUAGUUUUGGAUGCUUUUAGGUAACAACUUGGAAGAUUAAUUUUUUUUUAUGACACUAGGGUUUAUUCUGCUUCCACGGACUUGAAAAUGGCAAUAACUUUUGUUACAAAAUGUAAAAUGGCAAGAACUUCCUUUACAAAGCAGUAAUUGAAAUUUUCACUUUUAACUCUUUUCAUUAAAAAUUAACGUUUGUCAUUUCCAGCAGCAGGAACGUUAUCGGACGACGAAUCCGACCCAGAAGAGUCGUGUUUUGUCUCAACAGCACCAAAACGCAAAAAACAACCAACAGCACCACAAAUCGACGAUGAAAUCGAAGUAGUUGUGGUACCAGAAGAGGACGAAACUGAUCCUAUGCUAACGCCAAAUCCGAGUGUCAAACGGCUGAGGGAACAAAACCAUGGCAGCAUGAGUUCAGAGUCGGAGAGCAACAUUGUUAUCAAUGGCAAUGAAGGUAGGAUUUUUAAAUUUUUGUGUUUUGUAAAGAAAGUUCAUAUUAUUUUUUAACUUGUAACGAAAGUUUUUGUAAUUUUUUUCUUUGUAAAGAAAGUUAUUGUCAUUUUUUUCAUUGUAAAGAAGUUUUAUGUCGUUUUACGUUAGUAGGACUAAAAAUUUUUACAAAUAGCUAAAAAUGACGUUUUCAGCCGAAGCCGAUUCAGAAAACAGUGAAGCUAAAGCCAAGAACCGCACAGUGAUCAGCGUUUCAGAAACGGAUGACACUAACGACACGGAACAGAACGGUCGAUUUGGAAGCGAUUCUUCAGCUAACUCAAGGCAAAUUGAGGUAAAAUAAAAAAAAAAGUUUUUUUGGCUUUAUAAAGAAAGUUUUUGCUAUAUUGGGUUUGUAAAGAAAGUUAUUGUCAUUUUAUGCUGAAACAUAUUUAUUUUAGCCCCGAGACAUGAACGAAGAAAUCAACACUCUCCGUCGCUCCAAAUUCUCAACCCUCCGACCGACCAAAGUUGUAUCGCGAGAAAUCGAAGAGUCUCGACGUGAAAACAACGCCAAAGAACAAAUGCACGGCUAUCAACGCUUGCGACAAUAUCACCACAAAGAACAACAACAACUCGAGGAACGAUGCAAAUUCGAAGCCGAAGCCGUGCGGCAAAAACAGGAGAAAGAGUACGAACAAUUCUUGAUUACAGCACAAAAGGAAAUGCAAAAAAUCAGGCAGAAUCACCAAAAUCAGCAAGAGAAAAAGGCCAGAGAGAAUGAGGAGAGCGCUAAAAAGGCAAAGAAACAGAGGAUCAACGCGAAUGAACACGAGUUGAAGAGCUUUAGUCAAUGCCAGAAGAGAGAGUACAAGUUCAACAAGGAACAAGCAAAGAAGGUAAAGGUUUUUGGUUGGGUAGGGGUUUGAAAAUUGGGAUUUUUUGGGUGUUUUUUUUGGAUUGUUUACUAGGGGUGAGAAACGGGACGUAUAGGCCCGGUUUAACCCUACUAUUGGGUCGGCCUUGAGCUACAGUUUGGACGGGCUUAACUUUAAGGCCAUCAGGCUGGGUCUUGGAUUUUUUUCCAAGCCACGCUGAGAGAAAAUGAAAACGGGCUGAGCCUUUGAAAAGGCAGGGCAGGUGAUUCUGACCUAAAACGGUUAAAGUUAAAAUUUUUUAAUGGGUGUGCUAAGCUUGAUUGUGAGAAUUUUUUUGAAAACGUGCAUUUCUUAAUUUGUAUCCCAUUUUUAGUCAAGUUCCAUUGAGUUCUUGUCUAAAUCCACCGCCUCGCUGUCACUAACAACAAUAUUGUCGUCUUCUGAUAUUAAUUCUUCUUCUGAUUCUGGUAUUGAUGAAACACUGGAAUAAAGUCUUACUAACAUUAUUGAUUGUAUAUCUCUUGUCUUUUGAAAUACUGUUUUUACAAAAAAACUUCAAUGUUUAAUUUCGUAUUUUACAAAAAAAAAUUUUGUGGAGGAUUGCCAAAGGGUCUUUUUGAAUUUGUAAUGGCUAAAGAAGUAUAUACAAUGUCGUUGUCUUUCUCUAGCGUAUCUUAAUGUUUUAGAAGUAAAAAGGCAUAUUUUCAAACCUUUAUCUACGUGCUACACUGAUUUGUAUUACAAAACUUGAUUUUUCAGCAAUUCAAAGAACGAGGCCUUCGAAAGUCGAGCUUUGAAGAAGCGAUUAGAAACACGAAGGCUGAUUUGAUGCAGAAAUGGACGACGGCCGAAAGGCAAUACGUGGCAGAACAGAAGAUUCAUAUGUUAAAUGAACUCAGCGAGUUGAGACAUAGGAAUCAAAGUGAUUAUCAGGGACUGGAACACAAGUUGUUGGCUGAUGUAAGCGAUUUUUAGUUUGGAAUAGCGUGGUGUAGAGUAGGAAGGUUUGGGUGGGUUUGGUAUGACAGUGUAGGGCAUCGUAAAGCGAGGUAUGACUAAAGCAUGGUACAGUGGGUAGAGUAAGAUAGCGUAAGGUAUAGUAGAGUAUGGUAUUGUAGGGUACGGUAGGGUAAGGUGAAGUAAGCUAUAAUAUAUUAAAUUAUGACAGAGUACUGGAAGAUAGACAAAGUAGUGUCUUACUUAUAUUAACCUCUACUUUCUUCUUCAGGAACACUCCGUCCGAACUCGCCAACUAGAAGUAAUAGAGCAAAUGCUCCUCCACCACCACAAAGCCGCCUACGAUCAAGCUCUACAACACUUCAGAGAAUGUGCUGAAAUGAAGAAACGUCACCUCAAAGUUCAACAUGAAUCCGAACUGACAAAUCAAAAAGACUACACGAAGCGAGCGUUGGACGAACUAAAGAAACAACAUGCUGUACGACAACGCAACCUACCAAGGGAGCUGAAGUUGAAAGAACAACAGAUUCGGAAGCAAUUCAGACAUACGGUGAAGGUUCAAGCACGGCAGUACAAGGUGCUACAACAACAAGUUCAACAGAAUGCACCGAAGAGCGAACAGAAGGAGGUGGUUAAUAGGUAAGAAGGAUAGGGUUCUGUGGGCUUAUAUAAUGAGUUUUUUAGGCUUAAAGGUUGCUGUUUAGGUCUUUAUGUGAUUCAUGGGUUUAAUCUUGAUAUUUUGUUCUUAAGUUACGAUUUUAGAGUUUAAAGAAGCUUUUUAGGCUUAUUGAAGGCGGUUUUUGGGCUAAGAAUUAGUUAUUCAGUUCUGUAUGUGAUUCUUGGGCUUAAGAUUAAUACUUGGAUUUUUAAGAUACAGGUAUAGGGUCUAAAAUAGAUUUUUAGACUUAUAAAUAGUUUUUAGGCUUAAACUAGGUUUUUUUAGGCUUAUAUUGAGAGGUUAGACUAAAAGUUAGAUUUCAGGUUCUCAAGUUUUUAGGCUUAAAAUAAGUUUUUAUUAGGCUUUUAUUGAAACGUUUGACUAAAAAUGAGCUUUUCGGGUUUAAGCCAUGUUUUUAGGCUUAAAAUUUGCAGGCUUAUUUUGAAAUUUUAGGCUUAUACGCGAUUUUUAAAGAUAUACUGAACUGUUGGGCUUUACUCUUUUACAAUGAACUACUCUAUAGCAAAAAUGUUCUGAUGUCAAUAAUUUUAUUGUUUAGACUAAAAGAAGAACAAAACCGAAAAAUUGCUCAACUCGCAGUACAAUACGAAGAGAAUAUACGAAAAAUGAUGUCAGAACAGCACAUUCAAAUGGAUACGGGUCAGGAAGAGGAACUCAACGCUCUCACCGACAAACUCACACAUGAAAUGAACCUGUUGACGGAAUUCCAGGAACGACAACGAGUCAGUCUGGAAGCAUCGUGUGAUAGAGAGCUGGAGAAUUUGAAUUCAACCUGGAGCAAAAAAAGGACGGCGUUGAUGCAAAAGGUAUGGCAUUUCGGGUUUAUUGGUUUGUAUGAAUACAUGGAACUCUUACUCUACCUUAUUUUACUUUACUCUCUCCUACCUUGUCAUCAGGGGCGUCGCUACCAGGGACGUCGCUACGGAUUUUCUCUGGGGGAGGGGGGAGGUCGAAAAAAAAUUAUUGUACCGUACCUUUUUGUACUACUCUGCCUACUUUAAUUACCACUACCAGGGACGUCGCUACGGUUUUUUCUCUGGGGGGGGAGGUCGAAAAAAUUUUUUUUGGUCCACAGGUAGCUAGCUACCUGUGGACCGAUUUUUCAAAAAAAUUUUUUUUUGUUUUUCCGCGUACAGGUACCUACCUGUGGAUUUUUUUUCGGUCACCCCGAACCACCCCCCCCCCCCAAACGACGUCCCUGACCACUACCAUUACCCCUACCCUUACCUCUAAUUCUACUUCUAUCACUACCCUGCUCUACCUUACUGUGCUUCAUAAUGUAUUACCUUAGCUUACCAUGCUUUGCUUUGUCCUACACGACACUCCUAUACUCUAUCCUAUCCUAUACUACUCUCUCCUUUCUACCUAACCUGCUUUAUCUUACUCUACCUUUCUCUACCUUAUUUUUUACUCUAUUUAACUUUGCCUUUAAAUAUUCAAAACUAAUUUCAAAAAAUUUUUAGAUCCAAGACGAUCGAAUGCGUUUCGAACGAGAAAGAGCGGCCCAAGUGGCAGAAUUAGAAGCUCAACAAGAACGCGACCGAAUCCGUCUAGAAUCCAUGGAACAAACCGAACGUGAACAGAUUCUAGGCCUCGGCGCGGAUAUUCAAAUCAAACAAACUGAAAAUCGAAAUUCGUUGCUAUUUCAAGUGAAAACGGCUCCAGGCACACCGUUGAGCGACAGAUUCAUGAACAGUCAUAGUCCGGCACAAAGCUCGUGUUCUAGUCCAUCCAGGCAGUCUACUAAUUUGUGA